UCGGCCGGGCUCUAGCCUACUGUAGAGCGCUAACCAAACGUUAGCAAUGGGGACGGCGAAACGGAAAAUAAUACGCCUUUAUAUAUAUAUAUAUAUAUAUAUGUAUAUAUAUAUAUGUGUGAAUAAAUUGUAUAACCCGAUGUGUUGGGGGCUUCUGUAGGGCUUUAAGACAGCGCGCGCCUUCAUUUUAUGACAAUUUUUUGGGGUCGAAUCAGGAGAGAAACGGGAGCUGACACUAUGAGCUGGGGCCCAUAGUGUCAGGAUAGUUCCUGAGAAAACGCUUACCCACAUCCGUGUGCCUCAGCCCCAGUGUUAUGAAAUAGGAUGAAUAAAAUAAUGAAUGCUUGAUUUGAAGCUUCUUUCGCCACCAACUAUUUUUCUAGGUCUCUAUCCCCCUCCGGUUAUCACGGCCUGUCUGCGGACUUGCUAUGGUGGACUCCGACGCGACGAGGAAGACUUUUGUAGUCCCGGACAUAACACCUUUGGAUCUGUAUGAUUGUACCAGGGCAAAAAUAUGCGCAAGUGUGGGAUGGCUCUUGGCUAAAUCUUACGGCAAUGCAGAGCAUGUUCCAGUGGAGUUGCGGGAGCCCUUUUACUGUGACCAGUAUGAGCAGGAGCACCUGAAGCCCCCCGUCACACGCCUCCUGUUCUCCUCUGAACUACUGCCGCACCUACGGUCUGCUGCAGGGGGACCAGGGGGGGUCAGGGGCUCCAAAAGACAACGCCACCCUGCUGCAGCUCCUCGCCAACAGGGGCGUGGUCCCCAAUGAUCAAGACGUCCCCGUGUCUGACGUCGACCUCCGGCAUAAACCAAUC